GGCCAACAGUGUCAAAGGUUGCAACACCCGAGCCAUGGCGUCGACGUCCGAGCUGCGUAAGGCUCUGUCCAAGUACGCGCUGCCCAGCGACAAUGAGCUGCGUCACCUGCGUGCCGCAGACCCCACGACGUCCUACCGCGCGUCCUUCUUCCGCUUGCAGAUCGACGAGCUACUCGCCGCAACAGGCCGCAAACCCAGCGCCAAGGUGUCCUCGGGUCUGCAAAAUCUGCUGUUCCAAGUGAAGGAGAUCCUGCAGAACCUGCAGGACCAGCAGGUCACUCAGGACGCUCUCCAGGCGCGUGGUCUAUUAGUACGCAACCACAUUAAGCGCAAGGAGAUCGUCCUGCCCUUCCAGCGUCCUGCACGUCUGGACAUCGUCGGCAGUUAUAUCCUGCAGACUAUGGCCUACGCAGGCAAAAAGAGCGGCGAGUACGGAGUGUUAACCAUCGACCUGGCCGUCGAGAUGCCGCAGGACUGCUUUUUACCCAAAGACUUCAGUAAUUACCGGUAUUUCGACAAACGUAACCUGUAUUUAGGCGUGCUGGCGUCGGAGUUACAGGGGUACACCGAGCUGUUCAACCAAGUUACGCUUCAAGCCUGGAACGGCGAGUAUGAGAAGCCUGUAGCCAUGUUGAAAGUCAACUCGGAGUACCUUACCGAGCACGGUAUGAAGGGCACAAAGGUGCAUAUCCGGGUGAUCCCCGUAGUAACGACGGAGCUGUUUAAACUGGCAAAACUAGUACCGUCGAGGAAUAACGUCAAGCACGAGCCCAGUAUGACAGAACAGGAGAUGAAGCAGUGCAGGACGCCCAUGUACAACAAUUCGAUUCUGGAGGAUAUGCUGUUACGCCAACAUACACGCGAGCUCCAUGCGGCGCUGAAAGAAGCACCACAGCUGUCAGAGGCCUGUGUUCUGGCCAAAGUGUGGCUGAGACAGAGGGGAUUCCACAAGGCUAUGGACUCUGUUAACGGCUUCUUGGUGUCCAUGUUGCUGCUGUAUUUGUACCAGAAGAAGAGGAUUAGUGCUCAGACCCCGUCAGAUCAGAUGUUCAAGGUGUUGGUGCAGUUUAUCGCCGUGCACAGGCUGGAGAAUGAGCCGCUACAGUUCCCACCGAACGAGACCGGAGUCGUACUUACAACGGAGGGGUUGCAGACGUUCCGGAAGGCUUUUGACCUGGUGUUCCUGGACUCUUCUGGUCGGUUGAAUCUCUUCGGUCGUGUGUCCAAGAGUGCGUGGAGAGAGCUUCAAAAUGCUGCCAAUGAAUCGGUCAAGUUGGUGCAGCACUGCACGAUGGACGACUUCCGGGCGCUGUUUAUCAAGAAGAACGAGUUCUGGACGCGAUACGACCAGUACUACUGGUUCCCUGCCCCUUGUCCAGUGGAUGAUGCCGAUGAAGACACGUACACUUUACAGGAGAAGCGAGUGAUCAACGAUAUGGGUUUAGAGAGGUUUUGGCUGCGUAAGCUGGAGUCCGUGCUGUCUCAAGCGCUGACGGACCGUGUGAGUCUCGUGCGACCUGUUACCGAGGACGACGCGGAGUGGAAUAUGCAGGAUAACUCGUUGCCGAUGCAGCGUAAGGUGGCGCUUGGAUUGCGGAUUAACUCGGAUAACGCACUACGGAUCGUCGACAAAGGCCCGUCAGCAGACGACAAAGUGGCGAGCACUCAGUUCCGUCAGUUCUGGCGUGGCAAAUCCGAGUUGCGGCGCUUUAAGGACGGCGCUAUCAUCGAAGCUGUGGUGUGGGAAGGUAUCGGCACGGAGAACCGACACAGAGUGCUGGAUGCCAUCGUGAACUUCAUCAUCCCAGCUCACUGUCCUCAGCUCACGCCGUCGCAGAUCAAGACGUCGAAUGCUGCGUUAUACUCGGCACUGGACGUCGAGGAACCAGCAGCUUUGAAAACCAAGACGUCGAACGCUUCUUUCGAGUCUACAAUGAACUCGGUGUCCAAGUUGUGGGUCAUUUUCAACAACUUCGCCAAGACACUGCGAGAUUUGGACUCGCUGCCGCUCAAGGUGUCGGAUGUGCUGCCAGUGCACCCUGCGUUCCGCUACACUAGUCUGUUCCCAGUCCAGCCUCAUCCGUUGGCUUACUCGAAGGGCGAGAAGAUCGACGCUGCGCCCAUGGCUCACGUUAACACCGUUCUGGAACCUCUGGUGUUACAUGUCAAGUUCGAACGCUCAUCCGCUUGGCCGAGCGAGAAGAAGGCGCUGAUGCACGCCAAGACCGGAUUCUACGUGCACAUCGGUCACGAACUCCAGUCGCGUCUGAAUCUGCGCUGUGAAGUGGCGAAAGACUGCGUGGAUGUAUUCAUCAGUGGCUACGUUUUCCGUCUAGUUAUCCGUAGCGAGAAGGAGCUGAGUGUCGUGACUGGUGCUGCUGGAGUCAAGAAGCUUGCGAUCGUUCACUCUCCUGAAUACGUGAUGGCUAAACGGGAGGCUGACUACGUGUCCAAGCACGCGAGUACGGUGCAUGCGCUACAUACGAAAAACACGGCAUACGGCCCCACUGUUCGGCUUGUACAGCGAUGGCUGGCUGACAAGGCGCUGAGCAACGUGUUGGCUAUUGAAGCAGUGGAACUGCUGGUGGCCGACGUGUUCCUGUCUAGUGCUUCAACGUCCUCUCCUCACUCGGUUCUGUCGAGUUUCCUCCGGUUUUUAAAGCGUGUUGCGAGUUUCGACUGGCAGAAUGUGCCGUUUAUUGUGGAUCUGAACAGUUCGUUGGACGAUGCCAAGCGUCGAGAGAUCCUCAAGCGCUUCGACGCGUCCAGUACAAGUCCGUCUACCCAUCCUGCGAUGUUCAUUGCUACUGAUUAUGAAGAUAUGGACUGUUUGUCAAGCUGGACGCGGUUUACGCCGGACAAGGUGGUUGUGCAGCGUCUGGUUUCUUUGGCCCAGGCUUCGUACGGCGUGUUGGUGCAUUGGCUGGCCUCUGGCGCGUCGUCUUCGGGAUGGAAAACCGCCUUCUCCUCGUCUAGAAUGGAAUUCGACGCGAUGCUCCAGCUGGCCACUGAGAACCUCCCGACCAAGAGGAUUCGCGUCGAUGGAGACAAGAAACACCCGUUUGUUGCGCCCGUGUACAAGAACAUGGAUAUGACUGCCGUUCCAGUCAUGAUCGGGUUCGAUCCUGUGCACGAGUUACUGCAGGAUCUGCAGCGAGUGUUCGGCCACUUGGCUUUCUUCUUUGUUAACGGCGUCGAGACGACGGAGAUCCUGAUUACUUGGAAGCCGCAAGCUUUCCUGCCAACCAAGUUCCGAGCUAUCACAGCGAAUUACCAGAUGCCACUACCCACCUCAGCUGAGGAUGAGGACUCGACACGGUGCUUUGCUGUACCGAACAUUUUUGAGAUCCUGUCAGACAUGCAGAGCAUCAGCCAUGGAAUGGUUGUUGGUGUCGCGCUGCAGCCUUUCGAGAGUUCAUAGACUAAAGGGACAAUAUAGAUGCAUUUGGUUGUUUGAAACUCUAC